GUCACAUCGCCACCCGCGUGCGCACUUUGGAAUGGAAUGGGCGACGUGCCGCGCAGCUGAUAAUUCCGGCCGCGGUUCCUUUAAGAGCGCCCUCCUUGGCUGUCUUUCUUGACUGAAGUUUGUUUUUUUUUCGUUUUUUUCCCUUCCUGGUUUGAGACUCACUCCUCCCCUCCGAGAAAGUCGGAACUGAACUUUUUUUUUUUUAAGACAAACUGCGGAGACUUCGCACAGUGCCUCGUUCGUUCGUGACAAGAAAGUCGAACCCUCGGAGCUCCCUAAACCGCUCCGUACCACCCACCCAGUCCGUCCCGACUCGGCUCGGCCAUGAAGCUCACCUGAGUCCCGCCGCUCCUCCAGACCCCAGCAAGAAGUUACUCACCGUUCCGCUUGGCUUUUCCAGAUGGCCUUAGUCACCCUGCAGCGCUCCCCGUCCGGGAGCUCGUCGCCCAGUCCCGUCGUGCAGGAUGAAGAACCUCCAAAAAGAGGAAGAUUGCAAAAAAGGCAAAGUUUUGUCCUAGUGAAAGGGGCAGCUCUCCUCCUGCAGGAUAAUGAGGAUGUGGACCACCGCGAUGUCUCUCCCACUUUGCUCUCCCUGAUGAGAUCAAAGAGCUCGGGUUCCCAGCAGCGCCACCUGCAGUCAAUGCUGGAGCUGUUACGGCCAGAAGAUCAAAUCCGACUGGCUGUGCGUCUGGAGUCAGUGCAGCUGGAUCGAAUUCGGUAUCUAGUCAUCGUGACCACAAGCGCAAAUGAGGAUGAGAACAUCUUGCUCGGCAUGGACUUUCCAGACAAAGAGAAGGACAUUUGCACCAUUGGCCUGGUCCUGCCCAUCUGGAGUGACACCCAGGUCUACUUGGACGGCGAUGGGGGCUUCAGUGUCACCACUUCUGGACAGACUCUCAUCUUCAAGCCGAUUUCUGUGCAAACCAUGUGGUCAGUCCUUCAAGUUCUACACAAGACCUGUCAGUCAGCCUCCAUUAAGGGCUUAGUACCUGGCGGAUGCAGCCUGGACUGGGCAAAGAUUUAUGAAGCAAACAUUGAAUCUGAUCGGAUCUGCAUCAACGAGUGGCACAUGAUGAGUGAUCUGGAGUCUGUACGGCCCGAUUCUUGCUUCAACAACACGUCCAGCCCAUCCGAGAGAGAGCAGACUCAACAAAAGAUCCGGUCCGUACUCCGUAAAAUCAUGAGCACCAAAGACCUGGAGUGCAUCACAUCCAAAGAGAUUCGUAGUGAGCUGGAGCUUCUGACCGGCAGUGACAUGCGGGAGCACCGAGAAUUCAUUGACAAUGAAAUGAUGAUAAUUAUGGCCCAGAUGGACAAACCGUCCAAGAUCUUUGACUACCUCUUCCUGGGCUCUGAAUGGAAUGCAGCCAACUGGGAAGAACUACAGAGAAACAAGGUUGGCCACAUUCUGAAUGUAACACGAGAAAUCGACAACUUCUUUCCAGAAUCCAUCAAGUAUUACAACGUCCGCGUCUAUGAUGAUGAAACAACAGAUCUGUUAUCUCAUUGGAAUAACACCUACCAAUUCAUCAAGGAUGCCUGGCAGUCCGGCAGUAACGUUUUGGUUCACUGCAAAAUGGGAGUGAGUCGGUCUGCGUCCACAGUCAUAGCCUUUGCCAUGAAGCAGUACAGCUGGUCGCUGGAGCAGGCGUUGAAAUACGUGAAGGAGAAGAGAGGGAUUGUAAAGCCCAAUCCUGCCUUCAUGAAGCAGCUAGCAACAUAUGAGGGCAUUCUUGAUGCCAGCAAGCAACGGCACAAUCUCUUGUGGAAGCGCAGAUCUCAAGAGAUGCAGCGAAGGGACCGCGAAGAUCGCGGCAGUUUGACCGACACUGAUGAUGAGGAAGAAUCCAAGGGCUUAGGUCUAGCAGAUUCCUCUCGGGGAGGCUUUGUGCCAGUCCAGGAACAUUUUUACCCAGAAGAGUUGUGGGUCCGAGAGAAGUCCCUGAGGGCACCAGAAAUCUGUGUGGAAGACCUGGAACAGGAGGACUUUGUCCAAGAGCUGGUAAAGCCUGCCUCCCCAUCCCUUGUGCUGGAUUCUGUCUGUGGUAUACAGGUUCCUCUAUCCCCAAAAAGCACCUUCUGGGACAGUCGCCGGAUGAACCUUUCAACCCUCAUGCGAUCAAUCAGUGAAAUGGAAGAGGAAGAGCAGGUUUCAGCAGUGAUGGAAAGGAAAGCAGCUGAAGAUGAUAAAGAGAGCUCAUCUUUCACAGGCAAACCUCACUCACCGGAAGCUAGGAAGAUGGAGCGCAUUCGUGCAAUUCAGAGAAAGCAACGCCUUGUUCACCAGAAGCCCAUUGAUCACUCCCCUGAACCGAGGUCCAAUAGAGAGCAGCAUAUUCAAGGCCAAAGUCCCAAGAGCAUCAGAAGGCACAAAGGAGGCCCGAGUCCAAGACAUAGCCCCUCGACACCUAGAAGGCAGAUGGCCACUGCAGACAGACAGGCUGAACAUCGACACAAGCACAGUCCCAGACUCUAUCAGAAGCAGAAGGGGAAGGAGCAUGGAGGCAGCCCAAAGACGUCCAGGCGACACCGACCCAAGACCGGGAGGGGAAGUGCUAUGUCUCGUAAGUUAUCGUAUCAACCUGAGAGGGGGAAAGUCAGGAGGCAGGCAGAGAUUCUGGAGACACAUGGUGAUGCUGGGGACCCACGGUGCCAGAUAGGUAGAAUGGAAAGGCUACAGUCUGUUCACAAGCUGAAGGAGGCUGGUCUGGUCUCAAAAGUCAGGCAGGAAAUCACAGGGCUUUGUGAACGUGAUACCUCAAGGCCUGACUUAGGAGAUGGGCAGGAUAUCAAAGAGGAAAGUGAACUGGUAGAAAAAGACAUGCAACUGCAAAGGCAGUUAGCAGAGGAAGAUGAACCUACCUCAUCCUCCACUGAGGAAGAGGAAUUGAUGGAAAUGGAGGAACCUACACAGACAGGUGGAACAGUGGAGCUACAGGAUAACUGUGGGAUGGGGAAGUCGGAGGAUGAGGAGUCAGAUGCCAGGAUAGUUGAAAAGUUGAAGGAGUUGGGGAGUGCAGAAGGUCCAGAAACUAAACCAAGUCUUGUUGACACCAGUAAUGCUGAGGAAAUCGAUAGGAACAUUGAAACAACAGUUGAGGAGAGUCCAACAUUACAGGAGUCUGAGAGUAGGUGUGAAGGAUCAGGCUCACAGGUACCACCUCAGGAAACCACAACAGAUCUAGCUCCAGACCAAAUUAUAUGUCCUGUGCCUUUACAGCCAAGCUUAGGAAACGAUACAGAAACAAGUGCCGAUGUAGAACCUUCCACUAAUGUAAGCAUAGGAGAAGACCAAGAAAAUGAAGCUGUGACUGUGAAUAAACAUGAAGCAGCAGUAGAUUGAAGAGGUUAGUGAUGGCCAGUCAUACAAUCUUCAGACGGUUAGGUUAGCUGGUGACAAGGACUUGGUCUGAAUGGAGGGCUGUGGCUGUCUUACCAUACCCGUCUCCUCCUCCUUUACUGUCACACCACUGCCUGAUUAUUUUCUCCCAGCCAGUAAAAUGGUGAAUAAGGAACACUGCCUUAUGCAAUUUUUUUUUAAUAUUUUGUCUAUGCAAAAGUAUUGUUGGAUGUAUGUAUGUAAA